AUGCCAACAACGAGCAGUACUCAAAAACGUGCUCGAAAAUCUCUAGCACCUACACGUCCACAAAUCCUACCACCACCAUCAACAAAUACAUCUAUUGAUGGAACAGUAUGUCAUUUAUGUGGUUAUUUAGGACGAACACAAUUAAUAUCAAUUGAAAAAAAUGGUUAUAAUUUUUUACGUAAUUUACCACCAGCACCUGGUGCUUUACCAGUAAAUGAUAAUACACAUCAUGUUCAAGCAUGUCAUCUAUGUGCUUUAUUACUUGAUAAACAACGUGAACUUAAUCAUACAACAAAUAAUUUUUUUUUCAAAGGAUUUUUUCGAUCAACAGGUUCAUGUCAUACAAAUAUUGGUUUACCAACAAAAAUAAUAUCGAAAUCUAUUGAUGAAAAAGAACAAUCAUUAGAUAAAGAAUCAUCAAUAGAAGAUACACCUUCAUCAUCAAGUUCACAACCGAUUAUUAUCGAUACAGAUAAAUCAAUAGAACAACAAUCAAGAUCAAUACCUCCACCAUUACGUAAAACGACUACAUCUACUACUAAUAAUUCUCUUGAAUUUCAUAUAUUUGAUGAAAUGUCUUCAUUAGAUUCAUAUUUAACAUCAAUUCGUUCACGUUUUAUAUCUGAUUAUACAUCAUUAAUGUCUUCAACAAAACAAAAUCCAUAUGAUUCAUGUCAUUUAUGUUUAUCAAUUAAACCUCAUGGUACAUUAUAUACUAUAUAUAAAAGUCAAUUUGAAUUUCUUUCAACAACACAAAUCGAUGUAUGUACAUUAUGUUAUUAUAAUUUAAUUGAUCAAUAUAAAAAACAAAUAAAAAAUUAUCGUCAACCUCGACCACAAUGUUAUAUAUGUCGUUGUCGUAUAAAUUUUAUUGAUUGGGAAAUAAAAUUAUUAGAAACAGAAUAUUUUCCAUUUUUAUUAAAUUUAUAUAAUGAAAAAAAUCUUCAUGAACAAUUAUAUGAUAAUCAACGUUUAGCACUUUCAUGUGAUCAAUGUUUUUAUAGAUUACUUUUUCAAUAUAUUGAUCAACAACGACAAAAUAUUCCUAUUCAAAAACGAACUUAUUCAUGGCAAUGUACAUAUUCAUAUGAAAAUGAACAUUAUCUUGAUACAAAUGAUUUUUUUUAUACAUCUUUAUCAUCGAAAUAA